AUGUCAGCAACAACCAAAAAGAAGCAUGUGACUAAAGAAGUUUUGGAAGAGUAUCCAUUGCCAGAGGGAGGAAGACAAGUUGUUCGGGUUACCGCAGCCAGGGGAAAUAAUUUACAUGAAGUGGAGACUGCAAACAAGGAAACCUUUCUGGUGAGCAUGCCGACCAAAUUCAGGAAACACGUGUGGAUAAAGAGAGGUGACUACAUUUUAGUUGAACCUAUUGAAGAAGGAGGCAAGGUGAAGGCUGAGAUCUCACACAUUCUAUUCAGAGAGCAGAUUAAACACAUCAAGGACAAAGGCUUGUGGCCUGAGGCAUUCUUAGACAAGCCAGCUCAACAAGAUGAAAGUAUGAUAUCUUCAGAUCUGCUGCCACCAAGUGAGAGUGAGGACAGUGAUGAAGACCUUGCUGAUCUUGUUAUCAACUUGAACCGGGUGGCUGUACCAGACAAUACAGACUCAGAGGAUGAUGAUAGUGAUGAUGAGGAAGAAGAGGAGGAGUCUGAAAGUAAUGAAAUAAGUCAUGUUGCAGAAACCACCUCAGCACCUAAAGCAGUCAGUAGGCUUGGGGUAGCAAUACAAAGUGAGAAUGCUACUUAA